UCCAACAUCGUCAUGGCUCUCGCAGCUCAGCUCAACAGCGUCACCGAACAGUUCAAGAAGACCUUCCCCAAGCCCGUGCAAGACGCUCUCUUCGGAGCCACCAACGAUUUCAUCGCGUCCUACGACCCCAAAUCCGCCAUCCAAGUCGGCGACAAACUUCCCGAAUUCAAGCUCAGCAACGCCGUCGGGACCGAGGUGUCGAGCACCGAACUGCUAGCCAAAGGCCCCUUGCUCAUCACCUUCUACCGAGGCGAAUGGUGUCCGUUCUGCAACCUGGCCCUGGCCGCCAUGCAGAAGCACCUGGACGAGUUCCAAGCCAGGGGCGUCACCCUCGUGGCCAUCAGUCCUGAACUGCCCAACAACACUUUGUCGACGAUCGAGAAGAACGAGCUCAAGUUCCCUGUGCUGUCGGACGUCGGAAACAAGUACGCGAAAGAGCUAGGCAUUGUGUUCCAACAGCCAGAUUCGCUGCGUCCCUUCUUUGCCGGUGCUGGACAUGAUCUCAAGGGUCGAAAUGGGGACGACUCGUUCGCCGUGCCCAUACCCGCGACAAUCCUUGUCGAUGGCAAGGGUGUUGUGCGCAACACUUCCAUUGACCCAGACUACAAGAAUAGGCUGGAGCCUUCGGAGGCUCUGGCGUGGAUUGAUGCUUUAUAG